AUGGUCCCGUGCCUCCCCGACUGCCCGGCCCCUGCCCCAGCACAGCUUGUGAGCUACCAGCGGCUGAGUUCCGCGGCACAGACGCCGGCUGGCCCUCCGCACCCUGUCCCCGCUCCGCGGCGAUCCCUAGCCAGCCCUCCCGUUCCUGCCACCGCUGCAGCUACGCCGGGGACUACGGCCACCACCGAGAUCGCGACAGCAGCCCAGCCCUCUUCCCCUGCACCCCCCAGUGCACCUCUGUCUGCGGCGCUGCUGCCGGCUCAGAGCGCCGCGGCGCCGCCGUGGCCCGACCCACCCCCAUCGCGCAGUGGCGCUCUAGGGCUUCACGCCGCAGCGCUGCCAUCCCCUGCGGGCGGCGACGCCCUGGCGUUCCCUUCUGUGGCCACAGACGCGGUCCCUGCUGUGCUCCCCGAGGCGGCCGCCAUGAUGCCUCACCACGCGGAUCCCGUGACACGCCCCCCACAUGAGCAGUCCCUGCGACCCUCGGAAGACCUGCCUCACACCGCGACACCGCCGUCGUCCCACGCCGCCUCUGCCACGCCUUUGAUCCAGCCUCCUGGAAACACUGCAUUACAUGACUGUGCAGAAUCUGGAAGUUUAGAGAUCAUGAAGAUGCUUCUCAAGUAUUGUGCUAAGAUGGAAAAGGAUGGCUAUGGAAUGACUCCUCUUCUGUCAGCCAGUGUGACAGGCCACACAAAUAUUGUGGACUUCCUGACCCAACAUGAACAGACUAGUAAGACAGAAUGUAUAAAUGCUCUGGAACUUCUAGGAGCAACAUUUGUGGACAAAAAGAGAGAUCUGCUUGGUGCUUUGAAAUACUGGAAGCAAGCUAUGGAAAUGAGAUACAAUGAUAGGAUUAGUAUCCUGAACAGACCUGUACCACAAACACUAAUUAUGGCCUAUGAUUAUGCUAAAGAAGUAAACAGCUUAGAAGAGCUAGAAAAUCUUAUUGCAGAUCCUGAUGAGAUGAGAAUGCAAGCACUAUUAAUUAGAGAACGUAUUCUUGGUCCUUCUCACCCAGAUACAUCCUACUAUAUUAGGUACAGAGGUGCUGUCUAUGCAGACUCUGGAAACUUUAAACGAUGCAUCAACUUAUGGAAAUAUGCUUUGGACAUGCAGCAGAGCAAUCUAGAUCCACUGAACCCUAUGACAGCCAGCAGUUUACUGUCAUUUGCUGAACUCUUCUCCUUCAUGCUGCAGGACAAGGCAAAAGGCCUGCUAGGCGCUACUGUCGCAUUUGAUGAUCUAAUGGGUAUACUAUGCAAAAGUGUUCUUGAAAUAGAGCGGGCCAUGAAACAAAUCCAGUGUCCUCCUGAUCCAAUACAGCUAAACAAAGCACUUUCUAUCAUUUUGCAUUUAAUUUGCUUGUUGGAAAAAGUACCUUGCACCUCAGAACAGGAGCAUUUUAAGAAACAGACUAUAUAUAAGUUUCUUAAGCUUCAGCCUAGAGGGAAGAAUAACUUCAGUCCACUUCAUCUUGCUGUUGACAAGAAUACUACAUGUGUGGGUCGCUACCCAGUUUGUAAAUUCCCCUCUCUACAAGUUACUGCUAUCCUGGUGGAAUGUGGUGCUAAUAUAAAUGUCAGAGACUCUGAUAACAACAGUCCUUUACAUAUUGCUGCACUGAACAACCACCUAGGAAUAAUGAAUUUUCUUAUCAAGUCAGGUUCACACUUUGAUGCCACAAACUUGUAUAAACAAACUGCUAGCGAUCUACUGGAUGAGAAAAAAAUAGCAAAAAACUUAAUCCAUCCUAUAAAUCAUACUACAUUGCAAUGUCUUGCUGCUUGUGUUAUAGUGAAUCAUAACAUAUGCUAUGCAGGGCACAUCCCUGAAAAGCUAGAGAAAUUUGUUUUGCUUCAUAGAUAAUAGUGUGCAGGCACAGAGUGCUGUUGUUGAAGCAUGGCUUGGUGACAAUGUUUUUCUUGUGCACUGUUGCAAUAUAUCAGUAUUCCUUUAGU